GUUGGGUGGCCGCGUGGUUUGAUCAGAGCGAGGUUACGAGUGCUUUUGUUUAAGUAACCUUGGUUUAAAAAUAAUAAAAAUUGUGGGAUCGUAAUUGGGUAAAGUAAAUUAGUAACUGUUAAGUUGGGCAGAAAAGAGGAUCUGAGAUUCUGCAGAGAAAGAAGGAAAGAAGUUGGGAGUUGCAGUGGAGAGAGAAAGUUGUGGAGGAGAGGAGAUCUAGAGAAGUGAAGGAGAACAACAAACCCUAGGCGUUUUAUUGUAAUGAAAAGCUAAGCGACAAUGCGGUAAUUGCGGACUAAAGAAGCAGAGGAGAAGGAGCGCUUUUUUAAUCUUCACCGUUUCUUUUGGUAAAAUAUCUGAGAACUUUUAAUGCCAAAUUUGGCGGCCAUUGAAAAGGUGCCACUAAAUAUAUGCGUGCAUUCGGUUGUUUUCAUUUUGUAAGCGUAUUAUCAGCGUCGUUGAAGCGGAGGUUUCAGAAAUCAACCAACAAGCCGUGACUCGCAGAAAUUUAACAAUGAUCUAGGUGGAUGGUGGGCUCAGAAUUUCUUCAGGGUGGUGUGAUCCUUUGACGAUUGAGCACACAAAUUAUACUGACCUAGGUGUCACAGAGAUGACUGAAAUCAAACAUGGAUGCAUAGAUGGAAAGUGAAUGUCAGAAUUAUUUGAAGAAAGAAAGAAAGAAAUUGUGUAUUAGAAGUACAUUGAGCUCUGUAUUAGUCAGGUUCAAGGGCCAGUGCUGUUACCUCAAAAUGAUAAUAGCUGACCAUUAUUCAUUGAAUUUGUAAAUUACAUCUUUCAAUGCUCUUAAAUCACUAUAAGCUGUGGAUGUCCUACCUAUCAUUAUACUCAUGGUUUGUGACGUGUUCAGAGCUGCAGUAUGGCCAGUUUCCAUGGGAAAUUUUGUCUGGGGCUGGUUAUUCUCUGUUUAUUGUGCUUUGCUUUUGGCAGCACUGUUGACAAGUCUGUCCAUCUUGAGCAGGUUGUAUUGGAGGAAUCUGGCAUCUCAAAUGGCUUUUCUGGAAUUGUUGGUGAAAGUGAGAAGCAAAACAUUUGUCACAUUAAAAAUUCAUCCUGUAGUUUUCAGGACAUAGAGCAGUUUUUUUCAUGUGAAGAAGAUUUAAAAGGAAUUGGCUCAUUGAAUACCACUUGUCAGUUGAAUACAAGUUUGCAUUUUCAUAAUGAUGUUCUGAUUAUCGGGGAAGGAAAUUUAGAGAUUCUACCACUUGUUUCUGUCAACUGUCUUUUUUCAGGUUGCCAGAUAACUAUCAAUAUCUCAGGGGACUUAAUAUUGCAUGAAUAUUCUUCUCUUGUAGCAGGGACGUUGAUUUUGGAUAGUAAAAAUCUGAGUUUGCAGAAGAAUUCAUCACUCAAUACAACUGCGUUGGGUGGGUCACCACCUCCACAGACAAGUGGAACACCCCUUGGUGUUGAUGGUGCAGGUGGAGGUCAUGGAGGCAGAGGUGCUUGUUGUGUUAAGGGUGAGGGUAAGGAUCAGGAAGAUACCUGGGGUGGAGAUGUUUAUGCUUGGUCUUCUCUUACUAAUCCAUGGAGUUAUGGAAGCAAGGGUGGGACAACAACUAGAGAAAAGGAACUUGGUGGUGGGGGUGGUGGGCGAGUCGAUAUCAUUGUAAGGAGUAUUAUGGAUGUUAAUGGAUCUAUUAGUGCUGAUGGGGGAGAUGGUGGACUUGGAGGUGGAGGCGGCUCUGGAGGCAGCAUUAUUCUUCUUGUGACUAAAUUGAAGGGAACUGGUACAAUAAGUGCUUCUGGAGGUAGGGGAUGGGCUGGUGGAGGUGGUGGCAGAGUUUCCAUAAAGAGCUACAGCAGGCAAGAGAGUUUGGAUAUCCUUGUGCAUGGUGGAGAGAGCCGAGGCUGUACAGAAAAUGCAGGUGCUGCUGGGACCAUGUUUGAUGCAGUUACACAGAGCCUUGUUGUUAGCAAUAAUAACUUGUCAACUUACACUGAUACUUUGCUUAUCGAUUUUCCAACCAACCCUCUUUGGUCAAACGUCUAUGUGAAAAGCCAUGCAAAAGCUGCAGUCCCUUUACUUUGGAGUCGCGUGCAGGUGCGUGGACAAAUCAGCUUGUACGAAGGGACUCUCAGCUUUGGGUUGCUGCAUUAUCCAUUUUCAGAAUUUGAGCUGAUGGCAGAAGAGCUUCUAAUGAAUGUUUCCACAAUAAAGGUCUACGGGGCAUUGAGAAUGUCUGUGAAAAUGCUACUAAUGUUGAAAUCCGAACUGCAUAUUGAUGGUGGAGGAGAUGAAAAUGUUGCAACUUCUUGGCUGGAGACUAGCAACCUGGUGGUUUUAAAGGGAAGAUCAAUUAUAAGGUCUAAUUCAAAUCUGGGAAUUCAUGGACAAGGUCUACUUAAUUUGUCAGGACCAGGGGAUGCUAUUGAGGCACAGCGCCUUACCCUUUCACUUUUUUAUAAUAUCAAUGUUGGUCCUGGAUCUAUGUUACAAGCACCCUUAGAGAAUGCAUCAAAAGGAGACUUAACACCCAAACUGAAUUGUGAAAGUCCAGCUUGUCCUAUAGAGCUUAUUCAUCCUCCUGAAGAUUGUAACGUAAAUAGUUCAUUAGCUUUCACACUCCAGCUUUGUCGAGUGGAAGACAUCAAUGUAGAUGGCCUUGUUAAAGGAAGUGUAAUUCAUGUUAAUCGUGCAAGGACAGUGACUGUGAAUAGUGGCGGUCUGAUAACAGCAUCUGGGUUAGGUUGCAGAGGAGGUAUGGGCAAAGGUAAGGUUCUGUUUGAUGGUGCUGGUGGUGGUGGUGGUCAUGGUGGUAAGGGUGGUGAUGGGUAUUUUAAUGGAAAUAUUAGUAAAGGUGGUGAAGAAUAUGGAGAUGCAUACAUGCCUUGUGAGUUAGGAAGCGGUAGUGGAAAUUCAACUUCAGAAGGGACCACUGCUGGUGGUGGAAUAAUCGUAAUGGGUUCUAUGGAGCAUUCACUAUCAAGUUUGGAAAUAUUUGGUUCAGUGAGAGUAGAUGGGGAAAGCAAUCAGCCAGUGACUGGAGAUCUGAUUGGAGAAAAUGUGGGUGGUUCUGGUGGUGGUUCUGGUGGAAGUCUUCUUCUAUUUUUAGAUUUCUUGACACUAGGAAACAAUUCCUUGGUUUCUAGUGCAGGGGGUCUUGGAGGUCAUGUAGGUGGUGGUGGUGGUGGUGGUGGAAGAAUUCAUUUUGAUUGGUCAAACAUAGCUACUGGAGAUGAGUAUGUUCCCUUGGCAAAUGUGAAGGGGACUAUCCGCAUAAGGGGGGGAAUGGGAAAUAAUGGUGGUCGCCCUGGUCAGGAUGGUACUAUUACUGGUACAGAUUGUCCGGAGGGACUUUUUGGUAUCUUUUGUGAGGAGUGCCCUGUUGGCACUUACAAAAUAGAAACUGGAUCUAAUCAAAGUUUGUGUUGGCCUUGUCCACCUGAACAACUUCCCCGUCGAGCAACAUAUACAAGUGUUCGUGGAGGUGUGACUCAAGCAUCUUGUCCAUUUAAGUGUAUAUCUGAUAAAUACCGGAUGCCAAAUUGUUAUACUCCAUUGGAGGAAUUGAUAUAUACACUUGGAGGUCCCUGGCUUUUUGGGCUUCUACUUUCUGGACUUUUGGUACUUUUAGCCCUUGUGCUGAGUGCUGCCCGUAUGAAAUUUGUUGGAACUGAUGAGUUUUCUGGUCCUGCUCCGACUCCACAGGAAUCACAAAUUGAUCAUUCUUUCCCUUUCCUUGAGUCACUUAAUGAGGUUUUAGAAACAAAUAGAGCAGAAGAAUCUCAUAGUCAUGUGCACAGAAUGUAUUUUAUGGGCCCAAAUACUUUUGGAGAACCGUGGCACUUGCCUCACUCACCUCCAGAGCAAAUCAUUGACCUUGUGUAUGAAGAUGCUUUCAACAGAUUUGUCGAUGAGAUUAAUUCUUUGACAGCAUACCAAUGGUGGGAAGGUUCUGUACAUAGCAUUUUGUCAGUGCUCGCAUAUCCAUUUGCUUGGUCAUGGCAACAAUGGCGUCGCAAAAGAAAAGUCCAGCGUCUUAGGGAAUUUGUGCGCUCUGAGUAUGACCAUGCUUGUCUUCGCUCAUGUCGGUCACGAGCUCUUUAUGAAGGCCUUAAGGUAGCUGCUACACCAGAUUUAAUUGUUGCAUAUGUUGACUUUUUUCUUGGAGGAGAUGAAAAGAGGCCAGACCUUCCUCCUCGCCUCAAGCAGAGAUUUCCUAUGUGCAUAAUUUUUGGAGGAGAUGGAAGCUAUAUGGCUCCUUACUUUCUUCAUAGUGAUAAUCUACUGACAAGUCUUUUGGGACAGUCUGUUCCAGCAACCGUGUGGUAUCGGUUCGUUGCUGGUUUGAAUGCAUAUUUGCGUACAGUGCGCCAAGGUUGUCUCCGUAUAACUUUGCUGCCGGUCAUAAAUUGGCUUGGCACACAUGCAAAUCCUACACUAAGCUUGCAUGGCAUACAGGUUGACCUUGCAUGGUUUCAGGCUACAUCAUCUGGCUACUACCAACUAGGCCUGAUUGUGAUUGAGGCUAAUGAAACGCUUCAGCAUACAAUUCUUUCAGAUGUUGGAGGCACACCGGCAAUUGAGCAGAUUCAUAACACCCAGAACAAUCACCAGACUGUUCGAUGGCAAGAAAAUCAACAGUACACUGGUUGGUCUCAUAGACGGAUACGUGGAGGAGUAGGUGGAGGGGUUAUAAAUGCAAUUACUUUGCAGUCUAUGGAGGAUAGAAAGGAUAUUUUCUUCCCUCUAUCUCUUAUACUGCGGAACACACGGCCUGUCGGCCACCAGGACCUUGUUGGUCUAAUCAUCUCAAUUUUACUCUUAGGAGACUUUAGCUUAGUGCUGCUUACGUUGCUGCAAUUCUACUCCAUUUCAUUGCCAGCAUUUCUUGUGGUCUUGUUUGUGCUUCCUCUUGCUUUGUUAUCACCUUUUCCUGCUGGUAUCAAUGCUCUCUUUAGUCAUGGUCCAAGGAGGUCUGCAGGUCUUGCUCGUGUGUAUGCUUUGUGGAAUAUCACAUCACUCAGUAAUGUUGUUGUGGCGUUGAUAUGUGGAUUUUACCAUUAUAAAUUUCAUGCCUCGUCAAAUGGAGGACUUCAUAAUUUUCAUGCGUUGAAUUUUAACACGGAAGAAGCUGGAUGGUGGCUGUUUCCUACGGCACUUUUACUAUGUAAAUGUGUACAAGCACACUUGGUGGAUUGGCAUAUUGCCAAUUUAGAAAUUCAAGACCGCAAUUUGUACAGUAAAGAACCAGCAAAGUUUUGGGAGUCAUAAAUGUAAUCCAUAUGCACAAAUUUUGCACACUCUGAUUCCAUAUAAACUGUAGAGAUCCGCGUUGCCACGGGAAAGCAGAGGCAUAAUUUUCUUCCAACAAUAGUUAAAUCAGUGAGAACAUUGUUUCCAGAUUACACCAAUUGAAUAAUAUAGUCAUACACCAUACCCAUCUCAUAUUAUUACCCCUCAAAAUUAGAGGGAGAGUUGUAGCGUCCUGUAAGGUUACAUGAUGAAUCACAGAUUCAUGAUCCUUAAUUCUGUUCCACUUCCACAUCACCAGAGUGUUCGUUAGAUGUAGAUAUUUUCUUGAACUUGGAGAAUGUAUAUUAAAUUUUUGAAAUGGAGUUACUCGCUUGCUUCCAAUUUCUUGUCUUAUAUUCCUUGAUCCGGUAGUUGCAUGUAAAAGCGGUUGAGUUCUUCAGUUUGCCAUUUUUGGACAUACAGUCCAGGUAAUUGGAAAUAGCUACAAACCUCGAUGUGGUGAUUGUCACAUAAGGCUGUAGAAUUGAUUUGUUUAAAAGCUAUCAUCCAUGAAAUUAUUUGGUCUCCGCUGAUUGUACAUGAUGUCUCUCAUUCCAUUCUGUAAUCAUUGCCUGUGUAAUAUAUGGUGACUGAUGAAACUA